AUGGUCCGCAACGUCUUCGACUCUGUCGCGUCCAAGUACGACCUCAUGAACGACGCCAUGUCGCUCGGCAUCCAUAGGCUCUGGAAGGACGACUUUGUCUCGUCUCUGAAGCCAGGGCGGCGGGGCCCGAUGAAGUGCAUCGACGUGGCGGGCGGGACGGGUGAUAUUGCGUUGAGGAUAUUGGAUUAUGCGAGGGAGACGUACGCGGAUCGGGAGACGAGCGUGGCAGUGGUGGAUAUUAAUGGGCAGAUGUUGAAGGAAGGGUACCGGAGGUUUAAGAAGACGAUGUACCAUAACACUCCGCAGGUAUCGUUUCAUGAGGGGAACGCACAGGAGCUCUCAAAGGAGACCUUCCCGGACAACACGUUUGACCUCUACACCAUCGCCUUUGGCAUCCGGAACUGCACCUCGAUACCGAUGGUCCUGCAGGAGGCGCAUCGCGUGCUCAAGCCCGGGGGCACCUUUGCCUGCCUCGAGUUCAGCAAGGUGACGAACCCGCUUCUCGGCUCGUUGUACGACCAGUACUCGUUCUCCGUAAUCCCCCUUCUCGGCACGAUCCUCGCGGGCGACCGCGAGUCGUACCAGUACCUCGUCGAGUCAAUCCGGCGGUUCCCCAGCCAGCCCGAGUUCGCCAGGAUGAUCCAGGACGCGGGCUUCUCGACGGGCGGGCUGUUCGAGGGCAAGGGCGGCGCGUGGCGGGACCUGUGGGGUGGCGUUGCGUGCAUACACACGGGGGUCAAGCUGUAG